UGUGCUCGGUUUGUGUUUGGCAGGUCGUCCGCGAGGGCAGCGCCAUUCGAUAAAAAGCGUAUUCAAUUUAGCGAACUAAUAACAGUCCGUGCCAUUCCGCACUGAGAAAUGGAAGUGGCGGAGACGGUGCCAAACAGUUCGUGCGAGAAGAACACGUUGCCGUAUAUCGCGAGUGACGUUAUGACAGCUGUGAUUAGGUUAAUACUUUAACCUGUUAUGAUACAACGCCGAAUACUCUAGUGACGGAAUCGCGGAUGGGUAACUCGGUUUCUGUACCACAAAUAAAUUGACGACGUGGCUCGCGGCUCGCUCCUGGAUAUCGUACCUACCUUUUAUUUUUGUUUCAACCCCCGUAACCGAGACCAACGUGUGACGUAAGAGAAACAAAAAUGUGGUGUCUAGUGUGUCAGCCCAAUUCCGUCAUCCUCGAGGUUCAGGUCGACCCGAAGGCGAUCGGCCAGGAAUGCUUGGAAAAGGUCUGCGACUGUCUGGGCAUCAGCAAGGAGUGCGACUACUUCGGGCUGAAACAUCAGAGCGCGAAGGGAGAAGAGCUGUGGCUAAACCUGAGGAACCCAAUCGAACGUCAAACUGGGGGCGGAGUAGCACAUCUGAGGUUCGCUCUUCGGGUCAAAUUCUGGGUGCCUCCUCACCUGUUGCUGCAAGAGGCGACGAGACAUCAAUUCUACCUCCACUCCAGACUGGAACUUGUCGAGGGAAGGUUGAAGGUGUCGGAUUGGGCAUCGGCCGCAUGGCUCGUCGCGUUGAUCGCCCAAGCCGAAGGCGGCGAUUACGACGCUUUAAAGCCACCGCAUGCGAUUUACUCUCAGUGCUGUCAGAUCCAGCCCAACGAGCCCUGUGACCCAAAACCGCAUGAUUUUCUGCAUCAGAUCGUGCAGCAGCACAAAGAUAUCAAGGGAAUGAAGGCAUCCGCCGCCGAGUACUGGCUCUUGAAAGAAGUGUCUAACUUGGAUACAUUCGGCCAAGAGAUGUUCCACAGCAAAUUCGCCUACAAUGGUGUUUCAAUGAUCGGCGUGGGGCCCCAUGGAAUCACCGUAUACCGUGGCUCGGACGAGGAGACCCAAAACAUCCCGUAUACAGCGAUUCAAAGCGCCAUGUCUCAACGUCGUAUGUUUCAUCUGGUUUACUUAUCCCUUGACGGAGUGGAAACGUCGUUGAAUUUCAAAUUGGACUCAAGCCAAUCGGCGAGUGGAUUGUACAGGGCAAUCACCGAGAAACAUGCCUUCUAUAGCUGCGAAACGGUCAGGAGCGCCGUUACUGCCCAGUUCAUAAGAGACUUGAAGGGAACAAUUAUUUCAAUAUUUAACGAGGAUUCAACGCUGGGUAAAAAGUACGUCUUUGACAUUCGUAGAACCUGUAGAGAGGUGUACGACAAUGCUCGACGAGCUCUUUAUUGCGAGGCAGCGAAUAUCGGUCUACCGGAAGAGAGUCAGGUCAUAGAUAGGCACGAUUGCGGAGAUUGCGCCAAUCCUAAAUGCAAGGAAUCACGAGAAUGCUUGACGAGACUUCUGGAUGCGAUGCUUUGCAGAAUUUGUAUGGAUCGCAGUUUGGAUACCGCCUUGUUUCCCUGCGGCCAUGCCGUGGCUUGCUUGGAGUGCGCCAGACGCUGUUCACGCUGUCCCCUCUGUAGAGCAGACAUCGAUCACUGUCGUACGAUUUAUCUACCGAUCGAACUGACCCAUGUGGAUAAACACAAUUUCAAAAUGUCCUCAGAAGUGGUCGGACCAACGUUCAGCGUCAAAUCAUCUCCAGAAGAAAUGAUCAGUGAGAGAAUCAUCGCGAAUGACGACAACAUCAAUAACAAUAAUAGCAAUAUUUGAGAGCGCCGCGCAAGGCGUAGAUUCAACGCCUUUCAAAAUUUUUUUAGAAUUUUCACGUGCAGGAUUGAGAGGAUAUAUUAAGCGGACAGGAAGCAGCGUCCAAAGUCUUGGUGGGCAAGGUCUGCGUUGUCGUUUCCUGGUCGAUUCGGGAUACGUGUUACCAAUUUCUUUGAAAGAGAAUAAAUUUCCGAUCCUGUGAAUUAUUUUUUUUCAGUUUGAAGCCUGAUCAUCAUCGGUUAGUUUUUGUU